GUCCCUUUAAACCGCCGAUCUUCUGUGUGGAGAGAGCAGGAAAACAUUUACAAACAUGGCCGCCAAGUUAAAGAAAAGAGCUCUCGCAGAGUUUAGCCAUGUUAUUCAGGAAGAGCCCAAGCCAGUCAAAAGGCUUCGCCUUAUCCAGAAGCCAACUCAGCAGGAACUAUAUAUUAACUUUACAAGUGCCAGCUCAUCUCAGGAAAGUCUCCAGAUGCUUGUUAGUCUAGAGCAGAAAUUUCCACUCGACCAGGCAGGUGCUGAAAGAGUAUUUCCUGAAAUAAUGGAACAUUAUAAUGGAAACAGGGACACAGUUGUACGGAGCAAAAUAUUGGCUGUCUUGAAUCGCAUGGUUAUGACCCCUGGCUUCAACCCACAGGUUGUUUCUGACCAACUGCUGCCUAAACUCAAGUCAGAAAAAUCUCAUAGGGUGCUCAGCCUUUUGUUAAGUGUGCUGAAGACCAUUGGUUGUUGUCUUGCCAAUAGCCCCGCCUUCCAUGCUCAACUGGUUGCUGCAGCUUGCCCGCUUCUAAAGAGUCAAAGUCACCUAGUUCGAGCACGGUGCUUGGAGCUGAUUGGUGAAUUAGGAUCUUGUGAUGAUAGACUCAGGGAUGGAGCCAUGUCUGAAGGAAUUUUAAGUUUGCUGGGACAGCACACAUCAGAUGAUGAACCUCGUGUCAGGACAAGUGCAUUUCGUGGAAUGUUGUGUCUCUACGAACGAGGGCAGUCCCUGGAUCAGAGCAUUUAUAGUCAGGCAUGCUCAGGGUUACAAGAUGAUUGUGAGGAUGUCAGACGUGCUGCUGUCAAGCUGGUGUGGGUGCUUAGCAGGCUGUAUCCAGAAAAUCUGGUCAACACUGAAGAAGGUGGCCAAGAGUUGAGAUUAGUCGAUGAUGGCUUUUCAAAAAUAUGCAACAUGGUCCAAGAUAUUUCCAUGAAGGUCCGAAUGGAGUCAGCAUCUCUGCUGGGCUCUCUUCACCAAGUCAGUUCUGCAUUCCUGGAACAGACUUUGGACAAGAAAUUGAUGUCCAAUAUGAGACGGAAAGUGAGUGCACAUGAUCGAGCCAAAGAGAAUUUCCAGUCAGGGGAGUGGGCGACUGGUGCUAGGUGGGCGGAUGACAAGCCUCGAGAAGCACUUGAUGCAGACAGUGUUAGCCUCAUGAACAUUGGUGCUUGUGGGGCUUUUGUGCAUGGCCUAGAAGAUGAAUACUUGGAGGUGCGGAAUGCUGCGUUGGAUUCACUGUGUGAGCUGGCCUACCAGUCGCCUAAAUUUGCCGUAUUGUCUCAGGAUUCUAUCAUUGACAUGGUGAAUGAUGAAAUUGAAAGUGUUCGCCUAAAUGCCAUCAACAGCUUGCGGAAAUUAACACGCCAUCUAAUUCUCAGAGACGAUCAGCUGGAAAUUAUUCUUGGAGUUUUACAGGAUUUUUCAUUCACCACACGAGAAGCCUUACGAGGGUUGUUGGGAGAGAUUCGUGUUGCAACAAGAGAGAGUGUGAGCAGUACAGUCAUGGCACUGCUUGAUAAUCUGAGGCGAUAUCCUGAAGACCGCACUUCAGUUUGGAGGUGCAGCCAGAAGCUUGGACAGCGACAUCCACAACUCACAAUGAUGGUAUCUGAAGAACUUCUUUGUCUGCAUCCUUAUUUUGAUUCUCCUGAACCUGACAUGGAUGAUCCUGCCUAUGUGACUGUUCUUCUUGCCGUUUUUAAUGCUGCUGCUAUUUGUCCCACAAUGGUGGCCCUGUUUCCAGAGCACACCAGACGACACUACACAUACCUACGCUCAAGCAUGCCAGAGCUUGUGCCACCCAUCCAGGCCAUAGAAGGCACAGAGAUGGCUUCCAAGACACAGGCUGCCCAACUGGCCAGCAACACUAGAGACUUCUUGAAACAGCUGACGGGACGGCUGGCGGGUUUGUCCUCUCUGGAUCUUGAUACUGCUGAGCAGCUGCUAAGCAUCAGUGUAAGGGAUCUGCAGCAUGUCCAGACACUGGAUGAGCAGACUUCAGCAUCUGCGGAGUGCACCUGUCUCUUUUUAUCCUCGCAACUGCUGCUCACUCAGCUCAUGAAAAGUGUUGUGCACCGUGGUACAUGCAUGGUCUAUUCAGAGAACAUGGCUGCUCCAGUGGAGAAAAUAUUGCAGCAGACAACCCAACUACAGACACUGUUCCUGGGUCUGAGCAGUGGGCUGAGGGCAGCAAUAAGACAGACAGAAAUCAAAGCACUGAUGCUUCAGCUCCUACUCACACUCAGCUGUGCUUCACUUGGAGACAAAAUUCGUGCUUGCAAUACAUUCCGCCAAUUUCUGGGUCUGGUAAAGAGCUCUGUGGACAGUGAACCAGAUGCUUAUGAAAGCUUAACCAAACAGAUUGUGUCCCUGUAUGACAGUGUUGACUGGUCCAGGCUGCAGAUGUUGUAUGACAUUGUUCACAACUUUGCACAAAUGCUACGACCAUCAGCUCUUACUGUUCCUUGUAAUGUGAAGAAAACAAAGGCCAUCAUACAUGAACCACCACCCUCAUCAGACAAUGCAGUCAAAUUUCCCGCUAACUUAGCAGCGAACGUGACAUUGGUGGCAGAAGUCAACAACUUAGAAGACACAAAUCGCCUUGGAGUCCUUGUUCGAUACCCAGAUCAACGUGUGCAAGUGGUGACCCCUCAAGCAACAGCAUGGAAGCGUUUGGGACAGCUUCGUCAUCGUUUAGUCAUGCAAGUCUUGCUAGCACAUGGUCUAUGGUCAGAGUCCUGCCAUGUGGAGUUCACGUUGGCUGUUCAGGCUUGUGGCCAUGGGCGACAACUGCUGAAGGUUCAAGAUAGCAUCCCCAUAGCAAAGCCUGUCAAAGUGCUGGUCUUUCCCAAACCGCUCAAGAGAUGAAGACAUGCUGGCAGUAGAGAAAGACCAUUACUAGUUGGUAACUGUGACAAGUGUGGCAAAACAAAAAUCUUUAUUGCCAAACUAACCUGCUUUGUGUCGACAGAAAUGUUCAGGGACAAAGCCAGCAGGAAGAUUAUUGUCUCUUUACAGAAAUCAAAAUGUUGUUGUGUCGCACACUACUGUAACCCACCAUUUGAUGGAAAUUGAAGACUCAAACUUGCAGUGAGGUGUGUUGAAACAGACUCCCACUGCUCCAAGAACUAAGCACACAACAUCGCACAGCAGUAAAAAUUUUCUGUCGCUGACAAAACACUGACGUUCUUAACUUCCUUCUGCAGACGUUUGUGGCUUGUUUAGAGUAGUUUUAGUUUGCACUUCUCCAUUCGACUUGUAUCUGCCAGCACAGUUCUUGAAGCUCCUCCCAUGUUGGUGUCAGUUGGCACCAGUCCUGCUCUCCUGCAUCUUCUGAUCUCGUGCCUGGAGAGACGAUGCCAAGGGGCUUACUGGUCAAAAGAAAUGGAGCCAAAGCGAUGAUACAAGACGCUGACCUGUCGCUUGAGGGGGUCCACAAUUAGGUAGCUGAACGUCUGUGGGUGCGGCUUCUCGCUCGGAUAGUAGGUGCCACUGGCAUCCUGAAACAAGUCAGAGAAUAGGACGAGAUCACAAACCUGACCCGCAAAGCGACUGAUGUCAUCGAUCACGUGGGUGUUGCUUGCGUCGGACGCCCAAUAAUAUUAUUGUUAGUAUUGUUGAUAAUUAGAUAUGAGACUUGCAUGCCAUGGAAUGACCUUCACAUGAGAGCGCUCACUGUACUUUGAGACAAUAAACGUAAAUGUAAUUCACACACUUAAUUGGUGUCGACAACAAUAACUAAUUAUAGUUCACACAUAAUUGGUGUCAACAUCACGAACAAGCACGACUGUCUAGACUCCACCACAUCGUCAGUCAUCAGUUGGUGCACAGCCUGCUCAUUCUCUCUCGUGCGCGCGCGCGAACACGCAAUCCCAUCGUUAUAGGUCAAAGGUAAUUUUUUGAAUUAAGGUGCUGCGGACACCUGAUGUAAGCUUAUCGUACACAGAUGAUCUUGUAUUUUGCCCGUUACCCACAACCCUCCAGUGCAUUACCAUUAGAAAAUGUCCGCCCCACGAACUUACAGCUCGACUAGACCCCUGACACAUCACGUGAUCCAACCAAUAGAUGCACUGAUGAGCUGACAGCAUGUUUCUAGCACAACCUUUUCUUUUAACUGUACACACGCGAGUUUAUUUUUUCAAAUUAGGUGCGAAUGAUGCUCUUUCAUCGGGCGCGCCAUUAAUCCCCCCAACCCCACCGCCACACACACAAAAAAAAAUUCCUUCCAUGAUGCGUUCCUUCUUGGAGUUAAGAUACGAACCGGUUCUAAUCAAUCGGAUUCUAGGAAUGCCUGCAAGCAGAUGGCAUCCCGUCGCGUGCAGAAUCGCCGCGCCAUCUGGUAGACUGAUUUCUCCGUAACGACAUUAUCGAUAAUCACUCCGCGCUCGGUAGGGUAGCAGGCUCCAGGGCCACGUGCCGGCGCUCUAGUGUCCUCGCUUCUCGUUCGUUCCAUUACUCUCGACGAGCACCAACAGCGGCGGUCAUUUCAUGCUCGGCCUUGCAACCCGCAACAGGUUUAGGCACAGGUGGAUGUGCAUGUGGGUGUGUGCAUGUAUCAUAUCCACGACGUGCGAACCAGGAACAGUUCCAUGUCUGUGAGAUCCCCUGCCCGAUAAUUACAACACUGAAACUUUCUCUCAUUCCACCAGGAGCUUGCCUCUCGUCUGACGUGGCGGUGAAAGCAGAAGCUGGUGGUAGACCUGUCUGUUGUCACGUGGUGUUCUUUGGUUAGUCUCGUGCUGCAGACGAUACCAGAUCUUGUCUGUCUGCUUAAUUCACUUUUUAAAAUAACACGUGGGAAUUUCUUUUUCGCCCCUCUUGCAAUUUUGUUAGUAACAGAAAUGUGUUCGUUGCUGUACAGCUAUUGAUCAUGACCAGUAAGGAUCGAAGUAAAAAUUAGGAUUAAACACUGUUCCUGGC